AUGGCUCCUCUCUCUGACGAAGACCAUAUUGUGUUCCUGCUCUCCUGUCUCCGCAACUCUGCAGGGCCGGUCGAUUUCAACAAGGUUGCUCAGGAAUGCAGUAUUGUGAGUGUUGGAGCUGCUUCCAAGCGUUUGUCUCGUCUUUCUCAGAAGUAUCAGAAUGGUGUUGUUGGUGGAGGAGAUACUGGUUCCAAUGAGGAAGGAGGAGUGAAACUGAAGGAUUUCGGCGAUAACGAAGUUUCACCAUCCAAGAAAACUCCCAAGAAAGAGAAUCGCAGUGGCAAGGGCGCUGUGAAGAUUGAGAAAUCUUCUUCCAAGGAUGUUACUGCUCCGCGUGCUGUUGGUGUUGGCAAGAAACGGUCUCCUGUCAAGAGCAAGGCCAACGCUACUGCAGCUUUCACCCCUGCUGUUGAAGGGACCGACCUGAAGACAGACGACGGGGAUCAUGGUUACGGUGAUGAUGAUGCGGACGCAGAAUUCGUGCCGGGUUUCUUCAAUGAGGAGAUCUUUCGUGGUAUGGUGGGCGGAGAGCAUGAUGACACUGACUAG